UUAAUUUCUUCUUAGUUUCUACUAUCUAAUCAUAUCAUAUAAAAAUUAAUCAACAUGUAACAAUUUUUUAAUCAAUAAUCCAAAUUUCAUUUUAGUUAGUUUCUACAUCACUCUCAUUUCCUAUUAACUUUUUUUCAUUUUCUAUUAUAUUUCAAGUUGUUGCUAAUUAUUGCAAACUUCUCUUCAAACUUUCACCUGAAUCUAUCUUCUGAUGGAGAAGGAAGGUGUUGAACUUCAAACUGAUGCAGUUUCAAUGAUGUCAGAUUCUUCUCUUCUUCAUCAUCAGUCCAGAAGGCCUAGUCUUUCAUCUCUACAAAUACCAACAAGGACACUAGAAAGUGCAUUAUCAUCUUCUACUAAGACAGAUGGUCCUACAUUAUCAAGUCCAGGUUCCACUAGAGGACUGCCACCAAGGCCACAUUCUACCAAAGUCAAGUCUUCUAUGAAAAAUUUACUUUCUGAUAGGAGCUUUAGGACAAAAACUUGUUCAGAAGAUUCUGAAAAGAGAGUUUUGAUUGUUUCUGAUACUUUAUCAUCAGAUAACGGUCCUCUGGAUAAUAAGCCUUCAACUUCAAGGUCUCAUUCACUUAAUAAGAUUCUGUUCCCUUCAUCGAGUAAAGCGGCACAUUCGUUACCGGUUACUCCAAUUGCUAAUUCAGGUGCAGAGAAUGUACAUGGAAGACAUGUAGAGGGUGGUUCUGAUUCAAAUAAAUCGAAAGUGAAUAAGCAUAUGACUCGAUCAUUUUCAGUUCCGGUUAAUGUCAAAGCCACUAAUUUAAGGCCUGCAACAGAUACUAGGCGUCUGGUUCGUGUAAUUUCAGCAAGACCACAGCCAGCAACUACUGAUGGCAUUUCAACCCGCAGUGAUUCAAUGCAAGAGAUCGUCAUUGAAGAUGCUUCUGAGGAUAUUCCAGAAGAAGAAGCAGUUUGCAGGAUUUGUUUGGUGGAGCUUGCGGAAGGGGGGGAUACUCUUAGGAUGGACUGCAGUUGUAAAGGUGAGCUUGCACUUGCUCACCAAGACUGUGCAGUAAAGUGGUUUAGUAUCAAAGGAAAUAAGACAUGUGAUGUCUGCAAGCAGGAUGUCCGGAAUCUUCCAGUAACACUCUUGAAAAUUUCUAGUCCUCCGACUGUUGUUCGGCAUACAUUGAAUGCAUCACAACAGAGAGCAGUAACUAAUUACAGGAUCUGGCAGGAUGUACCUGUACUUGUCUUGGUCAGCAUGCUUGCAUACUUUUGCUUUCUGGAGGAACUACUGGUUUCAGAUUUGGGCCCACGUGCUCUCGCCAUUUCAUUGCCUUUCUCCUGCAUUUUAGGUCUCCUUUCAUCCAUUAUUGCUUCAACCAUGGUAAGCAGGAGUUACAUAUGGGCUUAUGCUUGCUUCCAGUUUGCAUUUGUCAUCCUGUUUGCGCAUAUAUUCUAUUCCAUACUUAAUGUUAGUGCGAUUUUCUCGGUUCUUCUUGCAACAUUCACUGGAUUUGGGAUAGCAAUCAGCAUGAAUUCUCUCCUAAUGGAAUAUAUCAGAUGGGAAACAAAUAGGCAGAUUCGAUCUUCUAAUCAAAAUAUUAUUUCGAGUCAGCAGCAGCAAGAAACUCAGAGACAACCACAUCAACUGCAAAGGAUGCAGCAAGAGCAGCACCAAUGACAGUAGUUGAUACCACUGGUUUAGACCAGUUUUUCAAACUAUAAAGGAUUUUGUUGUUUCUUUUAUUUAUCUUACUCAAUUUUCUAUGAUACUAAAAAAAAUUGAUUCCACCAUGUGUAGUAGUAUUUUAAACUGCAGAAUGCAGACAUAUACUCUAGGAAUGUUUUGUUAAAUAUAAAUAUAUUUGAAGAGUGAAGGUUUCAAUGCCCUUA